ACUUUUCUUUUUUUUUAAAAAGAGAGGGGGAGGUAAGUCAUUAUUUAGGGGAAGAAAGAAAAAGAAAGAAAGUUGUCGACCGUGCAAUGCACUCUGGGAGGGAUUUUAUUUAUACCGACUAGGUCUUUUGAGACGGAAACGAGUCGGUAGAACAGAGCUCUCCUUGUCUUUCCGAAUUUCUCCGCUACCGGACGCGUUGGAGCGAUGCGUCCGUUUUCUGUGGACUACUAGUGCGGUUUUUUGUUUUGGUUUUAUCCCUGGGAUGAAUGGCAGGAGUCGGCUGAGUCGUGCACGGGCGGAACUUGACUAUCAUUGUUUUGCAAGCCAAUGAAAGAAAGUACCUUUUGCCAGCAGCCCAUUGAGACAAAAGUAGAUUUGUGCAAGACUUGGGGACGAUGCAGAUGUGGAGCCACGCGAGGGUCCACAAAGAAGGCCCUCCUUCCCUCCCUCCCUGCGUCCACCCACCACCACCACUCGAAGUGUCCUGGAUGUGCGCUUCUUCAGACUAGUCCAAUUGAGCCGAGCGACCUGCGCCUGUGGGGUGUCCGUCCACAUGAUGGCAAAUAAACCAAUUGAAGAGUAGUCAUUUCUGAGCACCGUUUGAGCAUUCAAGAAGUGUAGCCAUUCGGGAAAAGUCGCCAUGGAUCGGCCGAUAAGCAAGUUGCUGGAGAAGCUGAAGCUCACAGACUCGGGUAGCGUUAGGUUCAACAGCUCCAAGAAAAAACACGAGCCGGCGGCGAACGCCAACAGCGGCAACGGCGGCGGCGCCGGCGGCGCCGGCGGUCUGUCGCCCUCUCCCCAGCCGUCGACCGCGCAGGCGGAUGGAGAACAAGCGCCUCACCCUUCCACCUUGGCUCCGCUCAGGCGUCGCUCCCCCCAGCAAAGGGCUUCGUGUUAUCUGGGAGAAGGCCUGGAUUCCCACCUGAGGCGAGAGUCCGGCCCGGGCCCCGAGUGCGACGCACCGAGGGGUCACAAGGUGUCGCUGAACCAGCGCCGCUACUCCCUGGAGCUCCAGCAACUGGUCCGAAGGCAGCAGCUCCUAUCUGAACCGCCGCCUCCUCCGUACCCCGCCGCCGGCGCCGCCGCGGGUUACGGGUCAGCUCCCAGAGGCACGACGGGCGAGACGGGCUACCUUCCGGAACUGGAGCGGCACAAGCGGCUUUCCCUCCAGGAGGCGUUGUUCUACAAACGCCUGAGCACAGGCAGCGAGGUGUGGGACAGCCCGAGACCGGCGUCCCUGUCCCACUCAUCGCAGCGCCCGGCCGACGCUUUCUUCUACUCCCCGGGACCCGCCCUGAGUCCGUGCUCGUCCUUCAGCCUCCAGGAGUCGGUGCUGGUCAGCCCCCGGUCCAGCUUCGCCUCCAGCACGGCCAGCGGAGGCGGCGGAGGGGGCGGCGGCGGCGGCAGCCCCAUGGGCAGCCGCUGCAGCAGCAACCGAACCAGCGGGAUCAGCCUGGGCUACGACUCCCGCUACUCCAUCCCGGCGCAGCAGCAGCAGCUGCAGCAGUCUCCCUCGUCGCAGACGGGGCCCGUCUACGCAAGGACCCCCGUGGAGGCCUGGACUCAAUACCUGGACAGCGGCAUGCGUCAGGGCGUCUACGACGGCCGACACUCCUACCCGCCGGCGGUGGGAAGUCCGGCCGCGGCGUGUUACCGGGCGGGCCCCGAGUGGUGGGACGAGCAGCGGCCGGCGGGGGCCAGAGGCAAAGAAGGGGAUGCGGCGCUAGGCGGCGGGAAGAGCCGCCACUCCGACCUGCCCGGCACGCGCUACCAAGAAGAGCUGACCCGGCUUCUUCUGAGAGACGCAGCUCUGGAAGGCGCCGGGGGUCUUUUGGAGGGCUUGAUGUUGAAAGAACAGUCUGCGGCGGCCACCAAGGCUCAGGAGGAUCUGGGGCCCGCCGCUGGACGAGACGCCGUUGAGAACCGGCAGGAGUUUUUUGGGACUUGCAUCAAGUGCGGUAAAGGCGUGUACGGAGUGGACAACGCCUGCCAGGCUCUGGACAGCCUUUAUCACACGCGCUGCUUCACCUGCGUGUCCUGCGGACGGGCCUUGAGAAACAAGGACUUCUACAACGUCAACGGCUCGGUGUACUGCAAAGAAGAUUAUAUGUUUUCGGGAUUCCAGGCCGCUGCCGAGAAGUGCAGCGUGUGCGGCCACCUCAUUCUGGAGCAGAUCCUGCAGGCGCUGGGGAACUCCUACCACCCCGGCUGCUUCCGCUGCGUGGUGUGCACCAAGGCGCUGGACGGGGUCCCCUUCACCGUGGACCAGCACAGCAACGUCUACUGCGUGGCCGACUACAACAAGACCUUUGCCCCAAAGUGUGCCGCCUGUUUGCAGCCCAUCUUACCCACUGAGGGCAGCGAGGAGAUCCUCAGGGUCGUGUCCAUGAACAACGACUACCAUUUUGAGUGUUACCACUGCGAGGAGUGCGGCAAGCAGCUCUCGGAUAAGUCCGGCUCGCAGUGCUUCCCGCUGGACUCUCAUCUGCUCUGCCACCCGUGUCACAUGGGCCGCGUGUGCGGCACGGCCGCCGCCGCCGCCAUUGCUGCCGCCGCCGCGCACAACUGAGGGAUGUGUUGCGGAACUGCUGAUUGGAAGACAUUCCCGCGUCGCCUCGCCGCCAACUCCUGGACGCCGUUCCCCCUGGCCUGCUCUGCUGUUGCUGGUUUGCCUUUCUGCUCAGACACAAUGAAAAAGGGAAGGCAAAGGCCACUGCUGCUCAUUUGCUGCAGAAGAACAAAAGGAUCCUGCUUACCUGUACAUAUUUUCUUAGCAAACGUUUUGCACUUGAAGAGCUUUUGUUUGGGCACCAAAUUGGAGGACUGUCAUUUUUCUAUGCUGUAAUAACACCUUAGAGUUAAUAAGA